AUGUUGCUGACAGUCAGCGACCUGGGGCAGACGCGCUGGGAGAACGUGGAGUUUGAGGCGACGGACACUGUGGCCGCGCUGAAGGCGAAGGUAGAAGAGCUCUGGCACUUGGAGCCCCAAAGGCAGCGCCUGCGCUGCGUCUGCGGCAUGCAGAUCCUGGAGGACGAUGAGGCGACCUUGGGCUCUUGCGUGAAGCACGAGGAUUGCAUCACGGUGCUUCUGGAGGCCCCCGGGCCCAUCCUGCUGAAGGGCUCCGUGAAGGACGACGGUGACGGUGACUCAGAUGAGCUGCGAACUGCCGUGACGUCGCCUAAGCUGCAGCACCCGGUCUUCAAGGUGGAGAUUUCCGUUGCCCAGUACAACUGGAACAGUGGCAGCAGCAUUUGGCUCACUCUGCGAAGCCCGGAAGGCGAGGUCUUGGCCAAUGAAAAGUUGAGCCCGGCGCGUGAGGGUGGGGAUUGCCCAAGCUUCGAAGCGCCGAAAAGCCUCACCUUCUCACAGGAAGACGAGGUUGUGAGUCUGGCGCACGCGGGGUGUGCCUAUGAGCUUCGGUACUGCGUCGGCGGAGGAGGCAACCACGCCAUUCAGGUGAAGAAGUGGAUUUGCCGCAUUUGCUUCACCUCCGAGAAAGAACCGAGCAAGAUCAUCAGAUUUCCUGGAAGGGGGGAUGUCACUGAAAGCGACUCCUCCGGCUGCACGAAGAUUUGGGGUAUAAUGUCAUCGGAUUCCGACUUUUGA